AUGCGUAAGAAGAAAAGCCGGCGAGGUUCUCAAAAAGAUCAUUGUAAUAACCAUGGCAAGGCCACAUGUUGUCGUUUCUGGAUAAGGCUUAGUCCAAACGGAUUAAGCGACUUUAAUUUUGUAACCGCGAUUGUCUAAAAUUGACAGCAGUUAACAGCCAAAGAGAAAGAGAAAGAAAGUUAAAAUAGGUCGACUAAUUUGCAUAUAACAUGCAUACAUAUGUAUGUACAUAUGUAUGUCGUUAUUUUCUGAGUGCCAGCUGUGCAGGUAUAAAAAUCAUUCCUCUCCGCAUAUUUAUGGCGGUAGUUGAGUGCACUACCUGCGAAUUCCGAUGCUUAACAGCUGUUUUCCUGGACAAACACAGAUUGUACAUAUCUCUUGCUCGCGUACUCGUAAAUAUAUACUCAGUAGUUGACGAUAACAAAAUACAUGUCUCUCUCAAAUGGAAAUAUAUAGAGUUUUGUAGUCGCUUAAAUGCAGCUGCGCUCAUGUUUCUUAGUCAUUUAAUGUUUAACAAUGGCUGCGAAAGGAACAAAUAUUGAACGUGUCUCGGAGAAUAGUUGUUGCGCUGGCAGCGGAGCAAAAGAUCAGGCGCGCUAUGAUCACUACCGGAUAUAUAAUGUCCAGUUUGAUAACGAGGACCAAAUCAAAUUGUUCCAGAAACUUGAAGAGCAGAGCGAUAGCCUCACCUUCAUUGGCCACGCACGUGAAAUCGGGCAAAAGCUUUCAAUAUUGGUUGCAGCACAUCGCGUUGCAGACUUUGCCGACUUGCUGGAGACUUACAAGCUACAACAUCGAGUUCUGACAUACAAUUUCCAGGAGAAAAUUGAUCGUAAUAUGGGGGAAGUUGUUCCAGAGGAUGUCGAUGCCUCCAAAUUGGACUGGCAGCACUUUUUCCACUUGAAAACCAUCUACAGUUGGUUGGAUCGGAUGGCUGCAAAGUAUCCGGGCCAAUUGAAUGUACUAAAUAUGGGCACCAGCACCCAGGGAAAUGACAUUAAGGGCGUUAAAGUGGGAAACAAUCCGGCGAAUAAGGCAAUUUUCAUUGAGAGCGGCAUCCAUGCACGCGAGUGGAUCGCCCCUGCCGCAGCCACCUACAUUAUCAACGAGCUGUUGAGCUCGACAGAUGAGCGCAUUCAGAACUUGGCCAAGAACUACAAUUGGUUCGUCUUUCCAUGUGUCAAUCCCGAUGGCUACAAAUAUACAUUUGAGCAUGAUCGCAUGUGGCGUAAAAAUCGCCAAUUAUUUGGCACGUGUCGAGGCGUUGACCUGAACCGCAACUAUCCCGAUCAUUGGAACUCUACGGGCUCCAGCAGUGAUCCCACUCGAUAUGAUUUCGCUGGACCCAGCGCAGCAAGCGAAGUGGAGACGCAGCGUCUGAUUGAGUUUAUACGCAAUAAUGUUGAAAAGGAACAGAUCAAGACGUACAUUUCCCUACACUCUUACUCACAGAUGCUCAUGUUCCCAUAUGGCUACACCAAAGAGCAUGUGUCCAACUACGACGAUCUGCAGGAAUUUGGAAAAAAGGCAUCGGCCGCCAUCAAGGCGGAGAGUGGACGAGACUACGUAAGCGGCAAUCUGUAUGAGACCAUUUAUCCAUCAAGCGGUGGUAGUAUGGAUUGGGCUCAUGCCGAAGCUGGCAUACCAAUCGCCUACACAUUCGAGCUACGUGGCCCACCCGAUAGCCAGGAUCUAUUCAUUCUACCCGCUGUGGAAAUACAGCCAACAGCCAGUGAAGCACUUACAGCGAUUCGCACCAUAGUGGAGGCUGCUGCUGAGAAAGGCUACUACAAGUGAAUGAUUUGCACAUUAUAUUAAUUACUAUAAUGUAGAAGAACUUGACGUAUAACGAUAUAGAGUACUAAGAAAAUGGUUUUACAAGCGAUAUAAUCUAAAAUAAAUUCACAUGUUUUACUGUUAUGAUAAGAAAAA